AUGUAUUCUCCUCCUCACUUUGCAGCUCAUUCUGCCUUGAAUAAAAUAACUAAAAUUAUGGCCGGAAUAUUUUAGUUAUAUGAUCAGUUAAAAAUAGAAAAUUAACUACAAAUCCCUAAGUCUAAUUAGGUAAUAAAUUAUGAUUAAUUUUAGAAACUAAAUAAAACAUUAAGGAACCUUCAUCAUAUGAAUUUUGAUGAUGAGAUCCUAAUUUUGGCUUUUUAUUUUGUUGAUUAGAUUACUAAAAAGCUUAGAAUUUUUCUAAACAUUGAAAAUAGUACUGGAUUAUUAAUAGGAUCUUUAAUAGCUGAUAAGAUUCUUAACGAUUAACCUAGAAAUAUUAGAAAAUACAUAUUGGCUAGUGGCCUCAAAAAAGAAGAACUUAUUUAAUUAGAAAUAUAUUUUUUAGAAAUCUUGGAUUAUAAUGUAUAUGUGACAGCAGAAAAUUUCUAAAUAUAUAAAAAAAGAGUUGAAGAUUAUUGA